AUGGUCGAGCAUAUAGUAGAUUUUUUAAAUGGUGCUUUAUUUAAUCAAUAUGGAGGACUUGAAGAAUUGUCCUUGAUUUUGUGAAGGAUAAAAACAAUACUGGUUUUAUUAGACCGUAAGGAACAUUUGGUAGAUUAUUCUAUUCAUAGCAAGCCAAAAAUGAAGCUUGAUAUGCCCAAAAAUCACGACCAUGAGCAUUUACUCUCUCAUCUAUGAUCGAACAACCAACUACGCUUGAUCAGAUGGUAUAAGUAGAAAAAUAUAUCAGUCUAGAUUUAACUUGUGUAAUUAUUUUUUUAAAACAUUUAUUAUAUUAUAGAUAGAAAGUGCAGGAUUAGAAUUUGCUUCAAAAGGAAUGCUCCAAUAUCUCUACUACCAAUUAUUAUCAAAAACAAAUACCUAGAAUAUUGCAAAAGUUUUAUACUCGGUCCUAUGAAAUUCAUCAUUAAGAAUUGAUUAUUUUCCAAUUUAUAAGCAUUACUUAAUCAAGAACGGAGGAGUUAGAAAGAGCAAAAACCGAGAUUAGUGAUAUUCCUAAUGAAGAAUCCAGGCCUGUUUCUACCACUUCAAUGAACCCAAUCAGCGAAAAAGUUGAAGAAGUGUUGUCAUGCCCAUUCAAAAUCCGCACAAAAGCUCCAAAAAUCCCUCACGAACUGACCUCAGAACAAGAUAUUAUAGAAAGACUAAAUAAAGUAAACAUGAAAAUCGACCGACUUAAUGCACAAAAAUCCCCUAGAAGAAUAAGUCCUAUAAACAGAGAAGAAAGCAUUCAUGAAUAUUUAGAAAGCUUUAACCACACAAAAGCUCCUAUGACCCCAUCACUGGGGCAUUUUUCAUCAAAAAUGUUGCAAGACCAAUCUCCAGGUGACGAAAAACGAAUUGAUGACGGAAUCGAAAGAAAAUGCAUUGAGGGAGUCAUUGGGACUUAUGAUGAAAUGACUAUGAAUAUAAAAAUCGCAAAGGUAAGAGAACAAGAUAUCGUCAUAAAAUACGGUGGAGAACAGUUUUGGGAGAAAUUCAUCAUAAGUUUAUAUAACAAAAUUUUAUCGUGCGAUUUAUUAAACAAAUAUUUCAAGAAAUCGACCAUGGAAAGUUUUGAAGGGAUUGUGACUGGGAUGUUUAAAAUUAUUAAUGGGAGCUUGAAUUUAGAACUUAGGCGAAGACUUAGAGCGGCACAUUAUUUAAGGGGAAUUACGCUUGAAGAGUUUUACUGCUAUGCAGAUAUUUUUGAUGUGACUUUGACUGAGUUUGGGGUUGAUGACGAUGAUAAGCAAGGAAUUAUGUCACAAAUAAGAUCGUUAUUCUCAAUUAAGGUUUUAAUUUCUCUGAAAUUGCUCGGCUCCUGCCUAAAUAAGCCGAUAAAUGACAAUAAAGUUUUUUCUCAAUCUCUUCAAUCAAUUGUCUAUGUAGAAAUUUAA